GUAAGUCUAUUCGAGAGAGGCGCGUUUAGAGGAUACUCAGUACCAUUUUAGGGCGAACAGGGGAACAUACGUUAUAGCCUCCGUGCCGACGACAGAUACUUCCCACCUGAUAGGAAAUAGACACUUAGGACAACAAGGUCUUAUUGGAGUGAAUAAACAUGGAAGCAAAACAUCUUAUCUACUUAUCUAUAGCAGUUCUCGUGACAGUAUUUACAGUAACAGCCGAAGAAUUAGACAAUAAUGUUGUUGAUUUGUUGAUUGGGCGCAUGCGAGAGUCUGGUAGUCGAAACUCGCUGGAUGACAGUUACCAAAUGGCCUUACAAGAAGCACUUCAAGAUGAUCCUACGAUGGCGUCCACGGAAGAUUUAGAAGAUAGCCUGGAACCAUAUUACAACGAUUAUGGUAAUGGCGACUUAGAUAAACGGGGGUCCAUGUUCAGGUUCGGAAGGGGAGCACUAUUUAGAUUCGGCAAACGAGGAAAGGGAUUUCGGUACGGAAAGAGAGGGGGUUCUAUCUUCCGAUUCGGCAAACGGGGUGGUUCUUUAUUCCGCUUUGGUAAACGCCAGGACAACAGCGAUAUGAAUACAGAAGAGAAACGCAAGUCUAUGUUCAGGUACGGGCGAGGAGAUAUGAUAGACGGGGAAAAACGAAAGAGUAUGUUCCGAUACGGGAAGCGAUUCACACGGGAUACCACCAAGAGGCAAAAGGUACAUACGCCAUUUAGAUUCGGCCGAGAAGAAGACGAGGAGGUGUAAUCUAAAUGUAACAGUGUGGUUAUUGACACGGAUAGGCGUGGUUUGUAGCUGAUUGCGAAUUGUCAUGUUGGACACUGAAGUCUGAGGAGGACGUGUGACUUAUGCCUUAACGCGCAGUAAAGGGUGGUGUGAUCCCCCCCCCCCCCCAGUUAAAGUGAAAAAUAUUUCCUGCAAUGCAUCUAACCUGCUAAAAUUCAAACAGCGUAGUCCAAUACCGAUGAUUCAUUCUGCAAGUCUGCUCUUGUUACAACUUAUUACGAAUUGGGAUGCCUGAUUUCGGUUCCGAUGCACAAAUUCAUUCACACACAUUUGUAGACAGUUAUUGACUUUAACCCUCCGUUACAGAUUGGAAUUAUAUACAACAUAUCUGGACGAGUCAUAUAUCAUGAUCAUCGUGGGCCAGGUUUGGAUAAUUGCCAACAUGAAUGGCACUUUGUAAAGUCGUCAUGAUAAGUAUAUAAAAAGAUUUGUCUCACAGAUUGUCGUCGGCAUACAAACUGUUCUUCUGUUCAUUUUAUACAACACAGUCGAUUGAAUCUAUUGUUUUCAAUCUACCUGUCUGCGGUAAAACAGUAUUCUUUUUUUUUAAUUUGUGAAAUCAAUGGUUUAGAAAAACCCUCCCUAAAUCACAGUUUUCCUCUUGCAAAGAUGCAAUCUGAAACUUCUAAUUCUUCUAAGAGCUUUUUUUGUUAAUGAUGCUCAAAACAGUGAGCUAGAUUGUGCCUUAUAUACAGGUGAGUUGGUGGGAAGCAUAUUAUUUUCAUAAAAGAACAGAAAUAUGUAGUGGUUAUGAAUCAUUUUCUUAGCUUGCAUCCAUCUCCUUGAUGACAAUGGGUCCAUAUGCAUUGAUAUAUCAUACUGUUCACCCAAAACAUUUGCUAAAGCUUGUUUUUUCCCUUUUUAUUUUGUCGAAAACAAAAAAAAUCAUCAAAGUCUUAAAUUUGACUCGCCUUCAUCUAAAAAAAACAUGUUUAAGUAGGUUCUCUUGUGUCAUUAUAUGACUGUUCACAUGUUUAAAGCUGUGAACUUGCCAAUAUGAAGUAACGAUUCAAGGGAUGUCUAUAUGAACAGUAGCACUAAGGUGAAUGUAUUCCAAAAGAUAUAAAAUGCAUCAAACAACUUUGGAGUCUAAUUACUUGAAGUCUCAUACCCUUUUUAUAAAUAUUACAUUUGUCAGAAAAUUCCAACCUUUUCUGUGCAUUCCCAAUUGAAAGUUAUGGUCAUGAUAUUACAGUUACGCUAGUUUUUGCCAUUGAUUAGACAGUGUAAAGAAGAGCGAGCGCCCAUUUUACUCGGAUGCUGGCUUCGAAAUGAAAAAGCUACCGCUAAUCCGACGGCCAACUGUAGGGCAGUACAUAGUAAAUUUGAAGAAAAACACCUUAUCAUAGGCUUUCUUUUCAAUGACAAGUAAGCUUUCUUCUGAUAGUUGAAGACAUUUUUCUUUUCUAAAAAAAAAAGUUAUUUGUACUGCUGUGGACAAUGUCAAAGUGAUCCAAGUUCUGCAGAAAAUUUAUACGAAACACUUCACACUAAAUAGCAAAAUGAGUAGCAAAAUAACAAACAAGUGGGUAUGUGUGACUAUAAUUAGCCAAACUCAUAUACUAUGAGAUUUAACUUUAGUUCAGGAACGUACAGAAAGGAAAAUACUUUCGUCGUAAAUGUCGUAUGUCGCCAAAUUCGUUAAAUCUAUAAGGAAUUUAUCAUCAUUGGUUGCCUAAUACAUCAUUUUUUUCAUUUUGAUAAACGCCUUUAAAUACUGCAUUUUUUUGUCUUUUUAUUCAUUUGUGAGGUGCAAAUAAGCAGAUAUAGGAAUUCAAUGGACCCACGUGAAAUUGGGUGAUUUAACUUCAGCAGGUGUUCAAUUUUCUAUUCACAAAGAAACUUACCUUCUGAUGGUAACAUCCGGUAUGUUGUUCAAACGACGACGCCUUCUCAGUUAUCAAUUUUGCAUUCAUUCAUUUUUGGACUGCCAUUUCAUCCCAAACAAAGUAUUUUGCGGACAUGAAUGAAUUCGUUAUAUGCAUUUUGAUUCUUAUUGUUAUUGGACUUUUAAGACAAAAAAAUAUUGACCAGGGAUUGGCACACAGUCACGUAUUCAAGCAGACUCCUAGAGUCAACUACAGUGGCGUAUUCCAAGAAUACCAACAAAUUAUAGAAAUGCUACGUAUCAACCUAGUAAAUGCUAGCAAACGAUAUGAUGAGUCCAGUAGAUCAUUACUAUUGUCGCAAAAGCAUGUGCGACAUUAAUUCCUCAAGUCAAUCGCAAUGGUGAGUUGUCACAGGUCCUUAUUUAUUGCUAUUACGCGCAGUUCACCUUAUUGUAUCGGGGAAGUUUGCCAUGGUGUCAUUCUAUGGAUGCACCUUAACAUUUUCAAAAAUAAUCGAGAUAAAGCUAAUCUCUUCGGAUCCAUUACAUGGCUACUCACCGAUACAAUGUAAUGGAAAAUGGAAUAGGAGACUAAUGCAAUGUGAAGAUACGUGUAUUGAAUCCAUGCAAAAUAUCCGAUUGACAUUCAGUGUUUACUUCACUGUCAGUGCCUCAAUGUGCAUGUUACCUCACUGCAGCAUUCGCCGUCAUCUAACAAGCAGCCGGGUGAAGGAGUUACAAUAAUAUCAAUGCUCAGUCUUUACAUCGCGUACCCAGAUGCAUCACCUACCACACCUGUUAACAUGGUUGGUUUGUAAGAUCGAGCAAGAAUGGUAUCACGUUUGCGUUGAAACAAUUAAAAAAUGUUUAUGCAUAUAAUUUCUUUUGGAAACACAAUUAAUCAACUUUUCCUCAAUACGCUAAGCAUAUUUCUGUAAAAUGAUGUAAUCUGACAGCGGGGAAUAGCAUGUCCAUUAUAAAAUUUAAUAUUGGAGAGCGUAAUGUAAUUGAAUGUUCAUCUUGAAACUUCGAAUUCAGGAACAGUUAAUUCUUUGCCAUUUCAACUUCUCCCGUGAGUGACAAUCUUCCAUAAUAUGAUACCAAUGAUAUAAAUUCUGCAAUAAUUCGCAUCCUAAAGGAUUGACGAAAGUAUUUUUUUACAUUUGCAUGACUGAAUUUGAUUUUGGCAUUCUGAUAAAUAACUUUUUAAGCAUGCAAUUUACCCAUAGCCUGCUAUAUUCGUGUAUGUCCAGUCCUACCAGAAAGUAAAUGGCCACCGUUUUUUUUUAAAUAUCACAGAGAUGAAAUAAGAUAUUUGAAUGCGGUUUUCAGCAGAGUAUGGUAUCUUUAGUUGGUCAUAUAUCUGUUCUACUUGGAUGCACCUAAUUCCUUCAUUAUGUAACAAUCAUUUCAAAAAAGGUCCAAAAAUUACUUUUUUUAUUGCAUGUGCCUUUUCAAAAAUUCAUAUGAGCCCAAGAACUAUGCUUUAUGGCCAUCAUUUUUUGGCACUUGCAACUUCAUAGAGUGUGUUCGAUAGUCAUGACAAAUGCACAUUUUUGCUUUAAGGAUUUUGAUGUAAUUUCUUUAAUCUCUUCCAUAACCUUUGAUAAAGACCUCCAAUCCUUCGUGUAUCAGCUGAGUUGGCCAUAAAGACCCUCAUCGAUGACUGACUGCAUUGCUGACUAUGAGGGGUGUUCUCAAAGGUCACCAACUGUCUGAAAAAAAACAAUCACCUGUAGCGAGCUGAAACUAAUCUUCAAAAUGAAAGAAUUUAGCAGGAAUUUUCUAGUAAAGAAAGCAAAAAAAACCUUGUUGCAUUAUAGUUCACCCAUACAUUGUGAAAAAGAACGAAAAUGAAAUGAAAUAAAAAGUCACUUUUUGGAGAUUUUAAAAAUGUAUGUUACAUAAUGAAGAGACAGGAUUAGCUGGGUCCAAAUACAACAGAUAUUUGACCAACUAGAUAUACCAUUCUCUGCUGAAAACUGCAUUCAAUUAUCUUAUUCUAUCUCUGUGAUAUAAAAAAAACCUAUGGACAUUUACUUUCUGCUUUACAGACACACUGGCGAACAACCCAUUGCUCGCCGCCGUGUCCGAAUACUGUGUAGCUCUAUGUAUAUUCGAUGCAGUGGCUUUAAAAAAAACAAGAAAGAGUUGGAAUAACGGUGCGAUUUUAUAGAUGAACCUAUUUAUUAUGUAUACUAGUUCACCCGUUGGAGAAAAAAAUGACAUUAAACUAGCAAUUAUGGCUUCAAUCACUUUUAACAACAGAAUGACAGUAAAGUAGCGGAUCUUCUGUUGCUCCAUCUACAAGUGUCCUGUAUGUAUCGAAAUAUGUGAAUGGAAAAUAAAAUUCUUUAAUUUGUUAUAGUUUAUGAUGUACACGA